AUGGCCGGAAACAAAUCGGAAUCGAGUCUCUAUCAGGUUUUGGUGGAAUGGUGCCAGAGAAUGGAGACGAGUCAAGCGAGACUAAGGGGGGAUGUGGAUGACCUAUUGCUUCAGGAGGAGAAGCGAAUCGAUCACGAAACGGCGGAAUCGGAGGCGGAGGAAUCAUGGGAUUGUCCGUCGGCGACGUGGAAGAGAGCGGUUUCGGGAUUCUACUUCGCCGAUAGUGCUUACCGGACUUUGAUGGAUUCAAUGGGACACGCGAUUCAUGUUACAUCAGCCGCGUCUGGAGAAAUCACGUUCUGGAGUCGUUCGGCUGAGAAUCUAUACCAUUGGUAUGCUGAGGAAGUUGUUGGCUACAGAACGAUUGAUGUGCUUGUAACCGAAGAAUAUCGUAAUUGCCUUAUGGGUAUUCGGAAGAGAGUUUGCCGUGGAGAAACUUGGACUGGUCAGUUUCCGUUUCAGAAGAAAUCAGGUGAACUAUUCAUGGCAUUGGUGACUAAAAGCCCGGUUUAUGAAGAUGGAGAGCUUGUUGGUGUUGUUACUGUCUCGAGCGAUGCAACGCUUUUCAAUAGGAUGCAUCCACUAAGUAAUGAGCAUCAACAACAAGCACAUAGUAAUAGACAUGAAUCAAACUUGAGAAAGCACCAAUGGCACCUCCCAAGGCCUCAGAUCACUGCACUACCACAGGUUCCAUUUGUCCCACAGAUUUCAUCAACUGUUUCAAAUCUGGCGUCGAAGCUUCUACCACAGAGAAAUGGAGAUGAUUCCUUCAAUGCAAAACAUAAUUCUACGAGCAGAGAUGAAAAUGUUCCUGUUAUUACCUCAACAACUUUUGAGAAGUAUGGCUCACUGGCGGAUAAGUUUUUGGGGAAGCUGCAAAGGAAGAUUACUGGUAGCCAUGUAAAUGAAGAUAUUGAACCUAUCUUUGGAAAUGGAAUAAAUAUUACAGCUGGUGGCGGUGGAGCUAUUUCUACGGCUUCUAAUGCAGUAACCUGCACGACUUUCAGAGACAAUGACAAUGGAAAUCCAAAAAAGGCUGAAACUGGAUUCUCAGAUGUCUAUGGGAGUGGAGCUCGAGGUUUGAGUGAAGAGAGACACAUAGUAUCACCUCCUGGAGACCGCUUUCAGUUUAUUGGGAAUAUGAGGCGAGGGAAACCACCCAAAGGACCAGAGAAUGGUCUGAUUUUUGGCAGGGGAACAAGGAUGUCAGACUUAAAUGGUGAGAUAGAAGAUGCUUGGACGACUCGGCCUAGUGGCGAUCCCUUUCCAAGUACUGAAGUCAGCAUCAGUGGGCAACAAAGUCCACCAAGCCAAAUGAAAAAUAGAUUACUUACUGAUUCGUCAUGUGAGAUACGAUGGGAAGAUCUACAACUUGGGGAAGAAGUUGGACGAGGUUCAUUUGCUGCGGUUCAUCGAGGAGUUUGGAAUGGAUCAGAUGUUGCUAUUAAGGUUUACUUUGAGGGUGAUUACAAUGCGAUGACUUGGAUGGAGUGCAAAAAGGAGAUCAACAUUAUGAAGAAAUUGAGACAUCCGAAUGUGCUGUUGUUUAUGGGAGCAGUAUGUUCCGAAGAAAGAUCUGCCAUAGUCAUGGAGUAUUUGCCGAGAGGGAGUCUUUUUAAAAUACUUCAUAAUUCAAACCAGCCAUUGGACAAAAAACGCCGGUUAAGGAUGGCCCUUGAUGUUGCUAGGGGAAUGAAUUACUUACACCGCAGAAAUCCGCCAAUAGUACAUAGGGACUUGAAAUCCUCCAAUCUACUCGUGGACAAAAACUGGAAUGUCAAGGUUGGUGACUUUGGGUUGUCAAAGUGGAAGAACGCAACAUUCUUAAGCACUAGAUCUGGGAAAGGAACGCCGCAGUGGAUGGCCCCUGAAGUUCUAAGAAGCGAACCUUCAAAUGAGAAGUGUGAUGUGUUCAGCUUUGGAGUCAUCUUGUGGGAGCUAAUGACUACUUUAAUCCCAUGGGACCGUCUAAACUCUAUUCAGGUUGUUGGAGUUGUUGGGUUCAUGGACCGACGGUUAGACUUACCAGAAGGACUAAAUCCCCGAAUCGCGUCCAUAAUACAGGAUUGUUGGCAAACUGAUCCAGCAAAACGACCGUCGUUUGAGGAACUAAUUAGUCGGAUGAUGAGCCUGUUCCGCAAAGCGGGGUCGGGUGCACGAGAGGACGACAACUGA